AUGGCAGGGAAGAAGAAAGAAGCGAGCCUACAGGCAUCUGUCACAAACCAAGAACAAUGGGAAGAAAUGCUAGCUACAAAAGGUUUAACAGUUGUAGAUGUGUACCAACAGUGGUGUGGGCCCUGUCGAGCUGUGGUUAGUCUCCUAAGAAAAAUAAAGAACGAACUGGGGGAUGACCUGCUACAUUUUGCCACAGCUGAGGCAGACAGCGUUGAUGCUUUGGAGAGGUACAGAGGAAAAUGUGAGCCUACCUUCCUCUUCUAUGGGGGAGGUGAGCUGGUGGCUGUGCUGCGAGGGGCUAACGCUCCCAUGCUUCAGAGGAUGGUUGUGGAGGAACUGGCUAAAGAGAAACUUGUUCUGGACUCAGGCGGUGGACGCAAAGUGGUGAAAGAUCUGUUGGUUGAUGAGAAGAAAGAAGAAGACGAGAUGCCAUCAGAAAAUGAAGAAAGUAUAACUGUUCCUGCCAGUAGAUCCUACACGGUUGCCAUCAUAAAACCAGAUGCUGUUGCUCAUGGCAAGGCAAAUGAGAUCAUUAUGAAGAUUCGAGAUGCUGGCUUUGAGAUCCUCGCGCAUGAUGAGCGCACCCUGACAGAGGCUGAGGCUCGAGAGUUUUACCAGCACAAAGCAGCAGAGACUUGCUUUGAGGACUUGGUGCAGUUUAUGUCCAGCGGUCCUUCCCAUAUUCUGGUACUUUCUCAAACGGGGAGCUCAGCCAACGUUAUACCAGCGUGGCGUGAGCUCAUCGGCCCGACAAACAUCGAGGAAGCCAGGAGAGAAAACCCAGAAAGCUUGCGGGCACAAUACGGCACAGAGACUCUGUUCAACGCCGUGCACGGCAGUGAGGACAGUGACCAGGCCAGCAGGGAACUUGCCUUCUUCUUCCCCAACUUCAGGACGACCUCAGUAGCGGAGCAGGAUGGAGAGGAAGAGCGUGUGGAGAGGACACUGGCUCUCAUCCGGCCUGACAUUGCCAGGGAGAACAGAGACGAGAUCGUGGCCCAGAUUCACAAGUCAGGCUUCACAGUUGCCCUUCAAAGAGAGGUGAUGUUGACAGAGGAGCAGGUCAGACAAUUUUACUUCCAACACGCUGAGGAAGACUACUUCCCUGCUCUACUGCGAAGCAUGACCAGUGGGCCAGUGCUCACUUUGGCUCUGGCCAGACAAGGGGCAGUUCUUCACUGGAAGAGUCUUCUUGGUCCUCCAGAUCUUGAUAAAGCCAAAGAGGAGAGUCCUGAGUGUCUAAGGGCCCAGUUUGCUGUUGAAAAUGAGCCCAUCAACCAGCUUCAUGGCAGCUUGAGCCCCGAAGACGCAGAACGAGAGAUCAGCUUCUUCUUCCCUAAACAACACACGCUGGCAGUGAUCAAACCUGACGCCAUGGAGGAACACAGAGACACAAUCUUAGAGGAGAUCCGUGGAAGAGGCUUCACCGUAACGCAGCUGAAGGAGACCGUGCUGUCAAGAGAAAUGGCUGAAGAGUUUUACAAAGAGCACAGAGAGAAGCCUUUCUUUAAUCAGCUGGUGGAGUUCAUGUGUCGAGGCCCCUGUGUGAUGCUUGUCCUGACCAAAGAAAACGCUGUUGAGGAGUGGAGGGCAAUGAUGGGCCCUACUGACCCAGAGAAAGCAAAGGAAACCUCCCCAAACACUCUGAGGGCCCGAUUUGCUGCAGACAUCCUCCACAACUCCGUUCACGGCUCCUCCAACGAGCAGCACGCAGAGGAGAAGAUCCAGUUCAUCUUCGGUGACAUCAGCACAGACGCAGCAGAGCCCACAAGUGACGGAGAGGCAGACAAAAACAUUCCAGCAAAAGACCUGAAGAGUUCUUUGGAUGAAAACAAGACCUCUUCAACACAAGACAUGUCUAAUAACUCAUUGACAUGA